GAAUAAACGAAGGGAGACCAAAGCCUGAGUGAGUGAGGAAAGGAGGGAGGGCGUGAGGGAGGAACGCCGACUUUCCCAAAAGCCAAGUGCGUUCAUUCGUUCGUUCUAGAGCUGGUUUGGUCUGUCGGUCUGUGGGCCGUACCUUGCGAGAGUUGGGAGUUGGGAGUUGGGAGUCAAAACAGACCUGGUGAAUCCAUUCGCAUAACGCGCAGACUCGAGAAAACUUAGUUGUUCGUGUCCAUACACUUCUCCAUCCAUGCAGCCUCCACGCUCUAGCCUCCAGAAUUCAACUAGCUUAGUCUAAACGGUCUCAACUCUAUGCCCAACGCUCUACAGUGUGUGUAGGUACGCACGCUCCAUUGUGGAACAAGAAGGCGAAAACGAUGACGAACACAAAGAGGCCAACUGGUCGAGAAGGAAACAAGGAGGCGGGCACGAAGCAAACACCACACCAGGUUGAGCAUGUCCAAGGGGAGUCAUCGUCUUGAUCAUCAUCACCAUCACCGCUCUAGGUCGACCUCGGGUCCCCAAGGAAUCCAGAAAUAUGGGACACUCUAAACCAAGACCGCAGGGUUAUCCAUCGCUUCCAUUCACCACAUGUUGGACAGACAGAAUUUGAGAACCCCAGUCCAACAUCAAGCCCAAGCUCAUCAUAGAUGUAUCUCCGUGACUAGAUGGAAUUGGAAUCAUUGGACUCAGUGUCUUCGUUUUGUUCUUACCGUGAAUCGGAUCAAUCGUGAUUGACGAGCUAGUGAAUUUGUGUGACGAUGAGUGGGUAAACUUCCAAGCCCCUACUUGGCCCUUAUCAACGUUUGCUUCCGGACCAGCCAUAAUUUCAGUCAUUUGAGCUGAGGCUCUGGUGGACUCGGCUUCGGAGGGACGAACCCCUCUCUAGUAGUAACGUUUUUUCGCUCAACGUGGACAGAAUAUUAGUAUGACUUUAGCCAGUGGUCAGGAUUCAAAGCCCAUGAUCGAAUCUGAAGCGAUUGACACAGCAGAAGUAAUGAUGCAUGAGUCACUUGAAGCGUUCUCAGCUCUCUAACCAGAGCCAAUUUGAACACAUUCGGUGAGUGAAAAAGCAUGGACUCCAACUUGUGGCCCUGGCAUCACCCGCCUUGGCAUCGAUGGACCAUUCAACUUUGGAUUCAGUUGGUGGCGGCUGUGGUCUUCUUAAUCUCUUGGGUGGUGCUCCGAUUCUUUCACAUCUUAGCCCUGAUAAAAGCCAAAUGGUGGCUUCAUCGCAAGAAACCGUGUAGCGUGGCACUCUCCAAUGAAGAGGGCGUUCCUGGUGUCUCAAUUGUCAAACCACUGUGCUCGGGGGCAGAUGCGAAUCUGGUCCGUAAUCUCGAAACAUUUUUCACGCUAAACUAUCCAAAGUUUGAAAUUUUAUUUUGCAUCCAAGAUCAAGAGGAUUCUCGCUUACGUUAUUUCGUAGAAAGUUUGAUUGAAAAAUAUCCUGAUGUGGACGCAAAGGUGUUCUCCGGGGGAGAAGUCGUAGGAGUCAAUCCUAAAAUCAACAAUAUGCAACCCGCCUUUCAAGCAUCUCAAUACGAGCUCAUUUUGGUUUCUGAUAGUGGUAUACGAAUGAGCGAAGAUACCCUGACUGACAUGGUUUCUUGCAUGACCAAAAAUGUUGGCCUUGUUCACCAAUUGCCAUUCAUUUGUGAUAAAAGUGGAAUCGCUGGGACCCUCGAGAAGGUAUAUUUUGGCACUUCUCACGCUCGGAUCUAUUUGGCAGCCGACGUGUUGGGGUUCAACUGUGCCACGGGUAUGUCUGCCCUAAUGAGGAAGGAGAUUCUCACCGCGGUAGGUGGUUUAAAAGCAUUUAGCUCCUACAUAGCCGAGGAUUAUUUCAUGGCCAAGAGCGUCCUCAAUAGCGGGUUCAAGAUUCAAGUGAGCUCUCAACCCGCGCAACAAAACCCAGGAGAUUCCAGUAUUACUAACUUCCAUUCCCGAAUCACAAGGUGGACCAAACUACGAUACGCCAUGUGUCCUGGUCUAAUGGUGUUUGAGCCGAUAUCAGACAGUGUGAUUCAAGGCGUGGUCUGUGCUUGGGCAUUGUUCUUUCUUUUCCGUUGGGAUCCAGUCACAUUCAUCAUGCUUCAUUUGUUAUUGUGGUUCAUCAUGGAUUGGGCUCUGAUACACCUGGUCCAGAAUGGUCCUUUGCCUUUUAGCAAAUUCGAAUUCCUCGUCACAUGGGUCUUCCGAGAGUUGACGGCACCUUGUAUACUAAUCGCUGCCCAUGUAAACCCAUCCGUAACGUGGCGAAACAAGCGAUUCAGGCUGAAGUGGGGAGGUGUGGCAGAAAAAGUGGAAACUAGUGAUCCAGAUGAACCCUCUCUAAUCCCCAUUACAAUUACGUCUUCUGCACUUACUACUACCUCCUCACCCUCCUCUUCCUCCUCCAUCGUCAUCCCCACCAGACCAAUGGCUGUGUCAAUGGCUGCUUCAACGGCUAUGCUUGAUGGCACAAUGCCUGUCUAUGCCCCUCUCUCUCAUCAAGGUGGUGCCGCGGAAAAGUUUAUUUGCAAAGAAAUUGAUACCAUUCAGUCGUGAAGCGAGCAAGAAUAUGGAAAAUUUUGACUUUGAUCAAGAAAAAAAAGUGCUAUGCUAAACACUC